GCCACGUGGUGCCUAAGGUCACACUCUCCUGGACUAGUGCAGCGCGAAUUCUCUACCCCUCUCCUGGAUUCGAGGCUCCAUUGACGAACCUUGGAGCGAUGUCGAAGCUUUCAUCGUCCCUCUUCCACUUCAGGAAUCAGUUGUCUCAAAGAAACUUAUCUGCAAAAGAUGUGAGAGAUGCUUUACCGUUGCAAGGUUUUAUGUCCCGGGCAUUCAUUUCUACUGCUAGAGAAACGUUUUCCGCUGAUGGAAAAUUCGCUGACCGAAUAAUUGCACCUUAUUCUAUUUACAAGGGCAAAGCUGCAUUUUCUGCUACCCCUGUUCUCCCAACAUUCAGUAAACUUGGUUCUGGAAGUCUUAAAGUUGAUCGCCGUGGCAGUAUUAUGUUGAAAUUUUGGCCUGCUAUUGGAGAACGCAAGUAUGACUGGGAAAAGAGGCAGUUGUUUGCCUUGUCUGCGACGGAGGUUGGAUCUUUGAUAAGUUUGGGUUCUAAAGAUUCUUGUGAAUUCUUUCAUGAUCCUUCAAUGUUAUCAAGCAAUGCAGGACAGGUGAGGAAGACCUUAUCAGUUAAGCCAAAUGAUAAUGGCUACUUUAUUUCACUGAGUGUUGUCAACAAUAUUCUAAAAACCAAUGACCGCUUUUCAGUUCCUGUCACUACUGCCGAGUUUGCAGUGAUGCGCACAGCUUUCAGUUUUGCUUUGCCCCACCUCAUGGGCUGGGACCGGUAUACCCAUCAGCUGCCUCAAAGCAUGUAUGAAAACCCAUCGUCAGCAAAGGUUGUUUCUCCGCUCUUGGAUUCGGAAUGGGAUAAAUGAAGUUUUUGUUAUUUUCUAAAUAUCAACUUGUUUUGAGCUUGUGUUUCUUUUUGUACCACCUCACCUUCAAGGUCUGAGAACCUCUAUUUUGGACACUUCCCAAAAGAUUGAUAAAUAUUUGCAGGAUCAAAUGACCCUUGAAAAAAUUCUGUACAUGGGUUCUAUUUCCUUGGCUUUGUUUGUUGUUUUAAAGAAUUUGGGUGUGGCACUAGGAGUGUUGCUUAAAAUGUCACCUCCUCGAGUUCACUAUAAUUAAGCUAUGGUAGAUAUUUUGCUUUGCUUAAA